CCCGGAUGACUUGUCGAUAAUUCAGAAACACGCCGACAUUUUUCCAGACGACCUACCAGCGGGUUUGCCACCGGAGCGAGACCAUUACCACAAAAUCGAGCUGGAGCCCGGCGCGCAACCUACUGUUCGGACCCAAUGGCCGCUGACUCAGCCUGAGCUGGAUGAACUUCGACGCCAGCUGGACUACCUGCUCGAGAAGGGUUUCGUUCGCCCCAGCACAUCCUUGUUUGUAGCUCCGAUCCUAUUCACCCCGAAGAAAUAUGGCGGUCUACGAAUGUGUAUUGACUACCGUGCCUUGAAUCGGGUUACCAUCAAGUCUCGUUAUCCUAUCCUGCGUGCCAACGAACUCAUCGACCAACUUCGCGGAGCCAAAUUCUUCUUGAAAAUUGACCUGCGAGGCAGUUACCACCAGAUCCUCGUGAACGAAGCUGACGUCUACAAGACAGCAUUUCGGACUCGGUACGGGAGCUACGAGUACAAGGCUAUGCCUUUUGGCUUAACAAACGCGCCUUCAACAUUCGAGUUCAACAUGAAUGAAGUUUUUCGACCGCUGCUGGAUAAAUGCGUCAUCGUGUACCUCGACGACAUACUGGUCUAUAGCACUACCCGGGAGCAGCAUCUGAAGGAUUUGGAAGCCGUUUUCUCUCAAUUGCAGCAGCAGCGACUCAUCACCAAGGGCUCUAAGUGCGAGUUUCUAAAACACGAACUGGAGUUUUUGGGCCACAUCGUGGAAGAACCAGGCUCGAAGCCGACCUUACGAGCACCAUAUCGGCUCAGCCCCACGGAGCUAGCUGACUUGAAGAAACAGAUCGAGUAUCUCCUCGCAAAAGGACUCAUCCGACCAUCCACUUCGCCAUACGGUGCCCCUUAAUCUUCACACUGAAACCAGACGGAAGCAUG